AUGGGUGCCGUCUUUGACUCGGAGAACCUCCCAGCCGGUGAUAGCCGGCUUCGGCCCGGCGACCAUGCGUCGGGCUCUGAAAACGGCGACUUGUACUCGCCGCCGAGCAAGGACGAUUUCGAACCCCCCGACGGCGGCCUCGCGGCCUGGUCUCAGGUCGUGGCCGGGAACCUAGUCAACUGGAUGGCCUGGGGGCUCCCGGCCACCUUUGGGGUCUACCAGCUGUACUACCGGGACACGCUCCAGCUCCCGCAGUCGCAGAUAUCGUGGAUAGGCUCCGUCCAGGUCUUCCUGGCCUUCUUCAUGUGUGCCGUCUCCGGGAGGCUGGUGGACGCGGGCUAUGCGAGGCAGACCAUUGCAGCGGGCUCGUUCCUGGUCGUCUUCGGCAUCAUGAUGACGAGUCUGGCCACCGAGUACUGGCAGAUCCUCCUGGCUCAGGGGAUAUGCACGGGUCUGGGCAUGGGCAUCAUGUUCAUGCCCCCCGUCGCCGUGAUCAACUCAUAUUUCAGGAGGAAGAGGUCCCUGGCCCUUGCAGUCUCCGCGACGGGGACGGGCUUCGGCAGCCUCGUGUUCCCCUCGACAGUCCAGUACUUGAUCCCCCGAAUCGGUUUUCCGUGGGCCGUGCGGUGUUCGGGCUUCGUGGCCCUGUUCAUCUCCGUGAUUGUCCUCAUUAUCAUCAGGCCGCGUCUGAGGCCGAGGAGAUCCGGGUCCCUGAUCGAGUGGGAUGCGUUCAGGGAACCUCCCUACCUCCUCUAUACUUUGGGGAGCUUUUGCCUCUUCUCCGCUCUAUAUUUCGGUUUCUUCUAUAUCAACACGUACUCGCGCAACGUCGUCGGCUUCGACACGGUCACGUCGAUCCGGCUUCUCCUCAUCACCAACGGCCUGGGCAUCCCGUCGCGGCCGGUGGUCGGCUACCUCGCCGACCGCCACCUGGGGCCCAUCAACACCUUCGUCAUCGCCGUCGCCGUCCUGUCGGGCAUGGUUUUCGCCUGGAUCGGGGUCGGGUCGCGGGGGGGCAUGUACGCCUUCUCGGCCUUCUUCGGGCUCGCCAACGGCGCCGCGCAGGGCGUGUUCGUCGGGUCGCUGGCCAGCCUGACCGAGGACCCCAGGAAGAUGGGCACCCGCUUCGGCAUGGUCUGCACCACCGUCGCGUUCGCGACGCUGGCGGGGCCGCCCAUCGCUGGGGCUAUCAUCGAUAGGGACGGGGGAAGGUACCUGUGGGCGCAGGUGUGGGCGGGGUCGCUCAUUGCGUUGGCGGCGGUCAUGAUUGGGGCCGCUAGGUGGAAGAAGACGGGUUGGAAUCUGUGGGUGAAGAUAUGA